AUGUUGCUAACAAGCUCAUCUCGAGGAUUUCUACUUUUAUGUUUAGGUUGAAUUCGAAAAACCAUUAUCAUUAAAAAUAAAAUUUUCAGCAAAUUUUUUCUUGGCGUAUGCCUCAGGAAGUGGAGGCCCAACAAAAGGAACCUACCAGGUAAAUAAUUAUUUUGAGAGUUUGGGAAAAUUUGAAUUAAAGUUUGGAAAAAUUCAAAUUUACUCUUUUCAGGUUCUAGACAGCUCUUCCAAUGCCUGUAUAAUGUUGCAAGCAGAUAUUAAGUUAUUUCUGACUUACUAUACGAAGGAUGGUGAAGUUUACUAAUCGCUCUGGCUAUCUUGCAGGAUAUAUUUCAGAAAGACGUUGAAGUUCAUGUACCAACAACUUCGAAAGUCGAUACUGUGGUCUCUUCUUGUAAUACCUACGUCAGAGCCGGAUCUUUGAAUGUUGCAGCUCAACUGUUAAGAAUCAACUUUGAUCAUGUGAUUGUUUCCCGAGAAAUCAUUGACUUUUUCUUGGUUUAGAUGGACGGAUGGUCAAUGGACAUCGCCUUCACUCAAGAUCCUCUAUUCAAGUAAGUAGCCUCUGAUCGAAACACGAACGUUAGUGAGAACGUUUGAUAAGAGGAUAACGUUUUAUUUCGCAGACGCUUCAAAGUAAUCUCUUGUAUCAAUUAAAAGUUUUGAAAAACAACACAUCAAGAGUUGAAACUUUUAUUCUUUUGAUUUGAAGCUUGUCUACACAUGUUUCUUAGAUUCAAAUCGGAUUUUCCAAAUUCUGGAAAACAUUCUGUCUCAGUUCAUUUUCUCUGGAAACAGGACUAAUUGUAAUUUCUACUUUCGAAAUCUUAUUCACAACUUUUUGAGCAAUUUUUUUCUCCUCGUAUCAUCUCAAAAAUUAAUUUUCCAAUCAUCUAUUUUAUUAAAAAGGAAAAAAAUAAAACUGAACUCUUUUCUUCUCACGGUGUUUUUGAGAACCGAUAAAGGGACUCAGUAUGCGAUGUUUGCAAUAAAUGUCACUGCAAACUAUGCUUCUCAGCCGACUCUUUUCCCGAACGCGAGAGGUUUCUGAAGUGAUGUUUCGUGCUCUUAAUAACAGAUUCAGAUCCCACCCAAGUGUAUUAUUUACCUCUUAACACAACAUAUCUUUCAACGAUUUCCGAAUCGAUAUACGCGGAAAACGGCCAUUCUUAUUAUUGCCCCAGCAGACAAAAGUACGACAUCAACAAGAACGCUUAUUAUGGCCCUUAUGCUUAGUAAGUUUUUCAUAAGGCUCUUUCAAAUAUAAUUGUUACAAUAACUUUUUUUUCAGCGUUGAGUUCUCGCUGACCUAUCUCCAAGCCUUCAAAACAAGUAGAUCCAAGACCUUCGAUCAAAGUUUUUUUCCUUGAAAAGUAGCUUUUCACAGUUUUCCUUAUCAGGAGAAACGUGCUCGUCAGACCAACAUGUCACUGACUUGGUGCCAAUUAUCGUUGGAAGUAUCCUUGCCGGCUUCAUCGUCCUCACUCUCGUUGUUUACUUGGUAAUUGGUCGACUUUUGAGAGUGAAAACAAACUUUUUCAGAUAUACCGCAGUUGUCUUCCGGAAGAAGUUUUAAAUCUUGUCAAUCCUGGCUCUCAUUUUGAAAACGAAGGGAUGGAGGAAGAUAAAGAUAGUUUGAAAAUAAAGUUCUGAUUCCUAACUAUUUUUGUACACAUUUUUUCAAAAUCAUAAACUGCGAAUUCGAAUAAAGAUUUAAAGUCUUGUCGAUUUCUUUGAAAAUUACAGAAGCAAAAAAUAAUCCGCAUAUAUUGUGAAGAAAAACAAGCAAAAACGGACUUAAGGUGUUCAAUAUUUGUUUGAUUUGAUUUGAUCUGCAGAACCGAGCGCGGUAACGCGAUAUGGGCAAAGAACACGUCAGCCCGCGAAAAAAUGCGCCCCAUCGCCAAACCGCCAUGCACAACAUUUUUUCAGUCCUCUUACAUUCGUGUUCAAAGAUUUGUUCUCUGUCGCACGUUUUUUCCUCAUUUUUUGCAGUUGCUUUCAUUUAUUAGUUAAUUUAGAGUCAUUAGGAAAGAUGAAUCACGACAACGAGAGCGUUUCAAACACUUCUUCGGCCGGCAAUUCGAAUGUUAAUCUGAAUGUGGGGUUUUUAACUUUUUUUAAUGUUUGUUUUUUUACUAUACAUUUAUAGAGUUUAAUUUUUUUGUUUUUUUCCAUUUCAGUUUUACUGUUUUAGACAGAAAAACUUUCUGGAAGAAGGAGAAGAAAUCAAUUUGGACGCCGAUCCAGUGCUUUCUGAAGAACGUACCGAUGACGAUUCUCUUGACGAAACUUUUGUCAGCACUAGGACGACUGUUGACGACUCGGCUAGGUUUAUCAAAUAUUGAUUUCUUUGAGGAUUCUAUCAUUUCUCUUUUUCAGAUAUGUUGACGCCGACUCUUCGUUGGAUGACCGUUUUGCAUCGAUUUCUCCCGAGCCCACAAAUUCUCAUAUACUCAUUCGGGUGACGGAUUUUGAAAAGCGAGGCGAAGGAAUGAACGCUUUCAUCGUUUAUAAAAUUAUCACUAGGGUAUUUAAAAACUAUUUAUAUCUUUUCCAACGUCUCUUUUUGCAGACUGAAGGCAUUGCUGGAUAUGCCAAUCGUGAUUAUAUCGUUUGGAGGCGUUUUUCCGAUUUUCUGGGCCUUCAUGAGAAAAUUGUGGAGAAGUAUUUACCGAAAGGCAUCGUCGUCCCUGUGCCACCAGAGAAAAGUUUUGCUGCAAUGACCAAGACCAAGGUGACUAUUAAUGAAGACUAUUUUUCCUAUUUUAUCAUUAAGACGGCUUCAAACCCUCUCGAUUCUCGCGAAGUUGGCUUGAAAAGGUCUCGUUUGCUAGAAAGAUUUUUGAAACGUCUCAUCCAACACCCAAGAAUUAAAGGAGAUUGUGACGUUCGAGAUUUUCUGACUCUUGAGGUUUGGAAGGUUUAUUUUGGAGUGUAAUCAACUUUCUCAGACCGAUUUACCCAAGGCUAUUCAAACUUCGGCGCUUUCUAGUGCGGGAAUGAAAAGGAUGAUCAAGAGUUUCGGCGAUGUGAGAAAAAUUUUUUUUUUAUUUAAGACUUUCUUCUCAGGUUUUCACUAGGAUGGCAUUUCAUAUGGAAGAAGGCGAUCGCUGGUUUGAGCAAGCUCAAUCUCAGGUAAAUGGAUGAUGUUCAAAAAAGAAUAUGCCGGGUUCUUUUAGGUUGAAGAAUUGGAUGAGUCACUGAGGAAGUUCCAUCAGUUUUCUGAAAGCUUGGCGUCUUCGCGUAAAGAAUACUCGAUUUGUGAAGAAAAGUUGAGCAAGGUAGGGAAGAUCCGAUCGAUUGUGUACAACUGUACCGUUUCAGGCGAUGUCUAUGCUAGCUUCGUGCGAAGAGUCGACCUCUUUGGCUCGGGCACUUUCUCACUUUACCGACACUUUGGAGCACGCGUCGCUUCUUUGGGCGCGACAGGCCGAAGCUGAUACGGCUAAGUAAUUUUUCGCCUGUUUUUCGGAAGCUUAUUGGCAAAAUGAAUUUAUUCUAACCACUCAGUAAAAAAAAUUAUUUUCACUUUCUCAUGAAAGCCCUUUUUUCAAGAAAUAGCGCCCAAUGAGUUGCUAUGGUGCAGCUUUGCAUUUGAAAUUGAUGAUGCACUUGAAAAAGUUUUAUUCAUUGUCGAAAAAAAAAUGAAAGUGACUCGGAAACCAGCGUGAACACAACUCAAUGAAACAUAGCUAGCAAACACAAUGAAACAGUUCUAAAAAUAGUUGCUCUUUUGAACUACUCGUAAAUUGCUUCGAUUUUCAUUGAAAUUUUUUAAAGGUUGGCGGAAAGCAUCGGGGAAUACGUCUCUUUGAUCGGGUCGCUCAAAGAAGUGUUUGAAGAACGCGUCAAAGCUUGGCAGACCUGGCAGAACGCUCAGCAGACGCUGACCAAAAAACGCGAACAGAAAGCUCGGUGCGUUUCACAAAUACAAUCGAGGAAGAUUGUUUUCAAUUCGCAAUAAAAAUCGAUUUCAGGCUUGAAUUAUCUGGACGCAACGAUCGGGCUGAGCAAAUGCGUGCUGAGAUUGAAGAAACAAUCAACAAGAUGGAUCAGUUGGAGAGCGCCUUCAGCGACUUGAGCAAGAGCAUCCGGGAAGAGGUGGUCCGAUUUGAAACCGAGCGCAAGCAGGACCUCAAGAAUAUUUUCAUCGAGUACCUCGAAACAAUUGUUCGCACGCAAACCGAGGUUUGAAGUUUUUCAACGUUGUUCAAAACAACUUUCCACAAAUUCUGCGCGUUAUCACUAAAAGAAAUCAUUCGUCAAACUGAAAAUUGGUGAAAUUAGGAAACUGUUAUUAAAAAAAAAUCUUACAACUCAAAGUAUAAGCUUGUCCAAACUAUUUUCUCAUAAUCAUUUUAAGAUUCGUGACCUCUGGAAAAAGUUUGAGCCGGAAGCGCACAGAAUUCAAGUUUGA